AUGCAGAGUCUUCUAUUCUACUACUACCUCAUACUGCAAACCCCAGCCCUUCUGUCCAGAGUGAUAGUGCUUUUAACUAUAAUAGCCAUCUCAUAUGGAGAUAAGCUGGAGAAGACGUAUCUACCACCAGACGCCCAUGAGUCUGGGGGCUCUGACAUCAUACUCCAAGCUCCUACAACCAAACCUAUAGUAGUCCUUGAUAAUGAAGAUUUACAGAGACAAAUAGCGGGAAGUGCUCAAGAGGAAAUUCAAAGACCAAUAGUCAACAAUGUGGAGAAAGUUCUGGAAACUUAUAGUGCUGCAUUGCAAAGGCCGAUAGGAAAUAACCAAGCAGAAAACGACGUAGUUCAUAUAGGUAACCGAGGAAACAUUUUCAUCCACAAUCCCAAUCCAGUUGACCACAAUGAAGUAUCAUACCCAGGGCUUCAUUACCAGGGAGACAGGGGACAAAUAACUGAACGUGCUCAAGCUUCUUUAGAAAGAAACGCAGCUAUACUUCGUCAAGAUUUCAAGCUCGAAGGGGAUGCUUACGCAUAUGCUUAUGAAACAGAAAAUGGUAUCUGGGCUGAAGAGAAUGGUGUAGCUACUAAUGGUGUUAAUUCCCAAGGCGCAUACUCUUAUAUCGGCGAUGAUGGCAUCCAAUACAGUAUGAGUUAUACAGCCGAUGAAAACGGUUUUCAACCACUAGGGGACCAUAUUCCUACGUCACCUCCCAUCCCAGAAGAAAUUCUUAAAUCCCUGGAGCAGAACGCGCGUGAUGAAGCUGCUGGAAUUUUUGAUGAUGGAUCUUACGAUGAAAGGAAAUAUGGGGAAGAUGAAGGCAGUCAGCAAAUAAGGAUAGUCACUGGUGAUCCAAGUUAUCCCAGAGUCACAAGCUUACCUACCGUCAUUGAUCAGGUCACAAGCAAUGAAAAUUCAGUGGUCAUUGGCAAUCCUCUACCUAAAUAUAGAAAUCCAGGAUACAUAUAUCCGGCAUUUUCAGCGAACCAUAAUAAUGUCCUAGCACCCGUUGUUAAUACAUUGAUCCCAGAAGUAACACCAAGUACAGUCACCAAAGGAUAUCUCCCACCAGUAAAACGAAAGGCGCCUUCAGAUAAUCGUCCCUCAAAAUUUACCAGAAAAUCUAUGACUGUCACUAAAAAACCUAAGCCCGAAUACAAAAAAAAAGAAAAUAAGCCUUAG